AUGUCAGAAUUCCCACAGGAAAUUAGCUCUUGGAUGAAUAGCAGCUGGCUCAAGAUGAACCCUGAUGCUGGUCACAAAGGAGAAGUGCUUCAAAGACCUGGCCAAGACAUCAUCACCACCUUCUUACAGCCCCCAUUCAUCCAUGCGGAAACUUCAUCUCUUCCUCCUGGACAAGGCCGUGGACACAGUGAUCCAUGCGUUUGUCGCCUCCGUGCUGGAUUACUGCAACUCAUUGUUUCUGAAGCUGAAUGUGAAGACAAUGCACAGGCUCCAGCGGGCACACAAUGCUUCUGCCUGCCUUUUGGAGGAGAUCAGAUGUUGAACCAAAGAAAACCAAACACUAAGCAGAUCUGGCGAGUAUGGAUCUUCUACAUGGCCAUAAGUGCAAAUUGCUCUGAAGAAAAAGCCAUGACGCAGGUGUGUCCCUCAUGUGAUGCCACUCAUUUCUGUGACUGUUCUUCAAUGGAUUUGAGCACCAUUCCUUCAGGGCUAACAACUGAUGUCACGGGGCUAAAUCUGUCCUACAACAGCAUAGACCAUGUCAGAGAAACUGAUCUGAAGCUGGGUGUGAAUCUGAGACUGCUGCUGCUGCAAUCCAAUCAAAUUAGGACAAUAGAUAAGGAUUCAUUUAUUUUCCUUGGAAAAUUGGAACAUUUGGAUUUAUCAAAUAAUAAGUUGACUCACUUGUCACCCAUUUGGUUUAGACAUCUUUUUUCCUUACAGCAACUAAACAUACAGGGUAAUUUAUAUACAACACUGGGGGAGAAUCCCUUGUUUUCUAAUCUCAAAAAUUUGAGAUAUCUGCACCUGGGGAAUAACCAUUCCUUUUCUGCUAUACGGAAGCAAGUCUUUGAUGGAAUUACAGUUCUUGAGCAACUUGAGAUUGAUGGUCAAAGGCUCAGGCAAUACGAGUCAGGGAGUUUGACAACAGUUAACAGCAUAAAUCAUAUCAUCAUAAACAUAAAUGAUGUUCAGGUGUUAUCAGUGAUGUUAGAGGAUCUUAUAAAUUCUGUAAUAUGUUUAGAACUGAGACAUAUAGCCUUCAAUACAGCUAAUGAAUCUUCAUUACUGGAGCCAAUGAGUCGUUCUGUCAUGGAGAAACUUGUGUUCAAAAAUGUUUUGUUUACAGAUGCAAGUGUUAUCAGAGUGUUAAACAUCUUGAGGCAUGCUAAACAAUUGUUGGAGCUGGAAGUGGAUGAUUCUGUACUACGGGGAACUGGAAAAUGGCAUGGGCAAAUUGAAGUAAACGGAGAAAGCACCAUUGAAGUAAUCACAGUACAGAGAUUAGGUAUAGAACAAUUUUAUUUGUUUUCAGAUCUUAGUGGUGUGGAAAAUCUUCUAGGUAACAUUACCAAAACCACAGUUAUAAAUACCAAUGUGUUCUUGGUGCCUUGCAGCAUUUCAAAACGUUUUUCCUCACUCCUUUAUCUUGAUCUUAGUGAAAAUUUGCUUGCAGAUCCAACUUUAGAACAUUCAUCCUGUAAG